ACAAAAGGAGGUGAGAUAUUAAAGGUAGCUAGCUACAGCAUGACAAUACUAGUAGGAGCAGCACUCAAAAGAGCUACAGUUUGUCUAAUAGUAUUCAUUGUUCUCUACAUGUGGUAUUUGAUGAAGGUGAAGCUCUCAACAAAUUCAAGUCCAGCACCGAAACAUUCGAUAACAUUGGAUUACAGAACACCCCUAAGUGCGGCAAACAUAGUUUCAGUGUGUCCUGCAUCUAAGCAAUUUAAUGUUGCCAUGAAGAAGCCUAAAAAAGGAAUUGCUUCGUCUGGGUUCCCACAACACACGGAUACCAUACUACCACCCAACUGUUCACUUCUGUUCAAAGGUGACUCAGAUGAAAUGAAACGAGUGAACAAUGCAAGGAUAGAAAAAAUAUGGCCAAUUCCAUCAGAUAAUGAGUUUUAUCGCUAUGCCUGUAAUUGUGACUGGAUAAAGAAAGAGUUGGACUCAGGUUAUUAUGUGUCUGAGCAAGAACGACAAUUUCCACUAGCAUUUGCUCUAAAUGUUUAUCAGUCACCUUAUCAGAUAUUUCGGUUUCUCAAAGUCAUCUAUAGACCUCACAAUUUGUACUGCAUUCACUAUGACAAAAAGUCCAGCGAACCAUUCAAGAAGCUGAUGGUCACCAUUGCCGACUGUCUGCCCAAUGUGAUUGUACCCAACAAGAUUGAAGAUGUUAUAUGGGGCUGGCAUACGAUAGUCGAUGCUCAGAUGAAUUGUAUAGAAGAUCUCUACAAGAUGCGACACACAUUUCCUUGGAAGUAUACAAUCACUCUGUGUGGGAAAGAAGUUCCUCUGAGAACUAAUAGAGAAAUGGUUCACACUUUAAGCAAGUUAAACGGUACUUCAGCAAUAAAAUUAUUCUCUACAAAGAACGACCAAUUAAGAUGGACAUACAAGCAUAAACUUAAUGGAAAAAGAGUAAAACAGUUAAGCUCUAAACUUGGCCCGAUCCCGUUUAAUCUCACAAUUGCAAAAAGUACAGCAUACCACGGACUAUCGGAAAGUUUUGUCAACUAUUUACUACACGAUAAAGAGGCUGUUAAGUUUCGGAGAUUCAUGGAAGAUACCAAAAUACCUGAUGAGCAUUUUGUUGCUACGUUAUUCAACAGAACAGGAGUACCUGGUGGGAAAGAUGAUAAAUACUCGAGAAUCACACCUACAGUGUCAAGUUACAUAUGGCUAACAGUCAAAGACAAGAAUUUCAAGAAGAAGCACUGUUCCAUCAGUGGUUGGAUGGUGCAUAGCAUUUGUAUCGUAUCCAGUGGUGACCUACAUCGACUGGACUAUAUGUACGACCCUAAGAAAGAUCAUCAGACGUUCUUCCACAACAAGUUCUUCAUUGAGAAAGAUCGAACGGUGAUGGACUGUGCUGAGGAAGAGCUCCUCAGAAGAAACAGAGAAGACUGUUUGAGAGACAACCCAUAAUAACAGCAACUUUUUGCGUAUAAUAAGUGUUCACAUGCAGUAACUAAUCAGCUAUUUUAGCCUGCAUGCAUGGUAACAGGAGUGCAUUCAUAAUUAUGAGCACUCUUUAUGUCUAUCAUCGAUUACUA